AUCUGAAAUUGUAAAUAUUUUAUUCAAAUCUAUUACAAUCCGAAAACAUGUAAUCAAUCGUAGUCUUUGUUUAUUUCAAUUACUCAAUUCUCCCAUUCUUUCUCCAGAGCCUCCCUCAAAUUAACCUCUCUCUUUCAAGAAUUUUCUCUACUUUUUCUUUUUCUCGGGAAAAAAUAUAGAAGAGAAAACUCCACAAGUUUUUUCAGUUUGAACCAGGAACCGGAAAUGCCGAUGGACCGAACCCUACAAUCAGAGAGCAUGAGAUCGCCGACUGUACUAUCAAUCGAAUGUAUAAAAGGGAGCUCCAAAGCUGACGAAUGGACCGUAGACAUGCUCCAGACGGGGGAUAUUGUGGAAGAGAUUCGAAUUGGAUCCGGCUCUGCUCUCUCCCAUAAGGCACCUUUUAAAGGCGGCAAGAGCGGAGUUCAGAAGAUCCUUCACACCUCCUAUAGGAACAAGGAGACCUCGAUCCUCGUCCGGGUCAGGCGAGCCAGCGACGAGUUCGCUCAGUUACAGGCAUGUAUCGUGCCUAACGAGACUGGCGGGAAAAAGCAAUAUAUGUUAAGGUCUAUAGCGGAUCCCAAUUACACUGUCGGGUUCUCGGAUCGCUCCGAGUCCGAGUGCUUCGAGUUGCAAGGUGAGUUUCUUUUAUCAAAUUUAGUCUUUCUUUCAGUGAUUGAAUGCAUGCAUUUCGUAGUAACUAGUCCUCUGCUCGCACUUAAUUUGUUGAAAUCCCAUCUGUCGGAACUUUUUACAUGA